AAUCGUAUCAGUGGGGUCUGAUCUCUCGUUUAGAUCGACGGGCAAAGCGGUGCACAGGGGUCGCAAAAUGGCGAAGAAGACGUUGGUUGAUAAAAAUAAUCAAAAUGAUGAUCCAGCCCAAAAUAAUGACGAGCAAAUGAAUGAAGACGAAGAGCCAAACUUCAGUGAUCCUGAGGGAUACGUUGAUGACAUUAGCGAUGAAGAGCUUCUGCCGGAUGUGUUGGCGCAAAAACCAUCGGAGACUGACGGUGUCGAGUCGGUGAUCGUCGUCGACGGCGCGCCCCAAGUCGAACCUGAACGUCUGGAAAAAUUUAACUCACUUAUUAACAAGGUCUUUGGAAAGUUUGGUACCAUCGUUAAUCGGUUCUACCCUAAAAAUGACAAUGGAAUUACCAAAGGGUACUUUUUUUUAGAGUACAAUAGUCCAUUGAAUGCAGCAGCUGCGGUAAAAGCUACAAAUAACUACAAGAUUGACAAGCACCACACUUUCAAAGUCAAUCUUUUCACCGAUUUCAAGAAAUACGAAGAAAUACCGAAAGACUGGGAGCCUCCGAAGCCAAAACCUUACAGUGCAGCCCAUGAUUUGCACUACUACGCAUUGGAACCUGACGCGUAUGACCAAUUUGGAGUUCUUUGUGGUAACGGUGCUGCAGUGUCAGUUCAAAUUUGGCUGAACUCUGCGCCUGAUCCAACUCUCAUUGAAGAACGUUCGCGAUGGACAGAAACUUACUUCAAGUGGUCGCCAUUGGGAACUUACCUGUCGACCUUCCACAAACCCGGGGUUGCUCUCUGGGGCGGUCCUAAAUUCGAACAGCAAGCGCGAUUUGGACAGAGUGGAGUUGAGUGCAUUGAUUACUCGCCGUGCGAACGAUAUCUCGUUACUUAUACACCGCGAAUGGACGGUGGACCUGAUCAAAAACGUCUUGUAAUUUGGGACAUCCUUACUGGGCAUGAGAAACGUUCAUUCUUUCCCGAUGGAUCAUCCGUCUGGCCGAUUUUCCGGUGGUCUCAUGACGACAAGUACUUGGCUUGUAUGGGUGAAGAUAUUUUGAGUGUCUAUGAGACUCCGUCAUUUGGACUUUUGGAUAAAAAAAGUAUAAGAACUCCGGGAAUACGUGACUUCAGUUGGUCACCGACUGAUAAUGUGCUCGCUUACUGGGUCCCAGAAGACAAAGAUGUUCCUGCUCGUGUAACACUUUUGGAAAUUCCUAGUCGUAAUGAAAUAAGAAAUAAAAAUCUAUUUAAUGUGGCUGACUGCAAAAUAUUCUGGCAAAAAUCUGGUGACUACUUGUGUGUCAAGGUCGACAGAUUUGCCAAAAAAAAGGAAAAAACAGAGCAAAAGUACACGGGAAUGUCGUACAACUUUGAAAUUUUCCAUAUGCGUGAAAAACAAAUUCCUGUAGAUAGUGUUGAGAUGAAAGAGCCCAUUCACGCGUUUGCUUGGGAACCAGUUGGCAGUAAAUUUGCGAUAAUUCACGGUGAAAUUCCAAGCGUCAAUGUAAGCUUCUAUGAAGUAAGAUUCGGACAUCAACCAGCGUUGCUAAAAAAACUUGAGAAAAAAGCGUGCAAUCAUUUGUUCUGGUCACCUGCUGGACAAUUUAUUGUCUUGGCUGGACUAACCACAAUGGCUGGUGCUCUCGAGUUUAUUGACACCAAUGACUUCACUAUUAUGAACUCAACUGACCACUACCAAACCUCCGACGUCGAGUGGGAUCCUACUGGCAGAUACGUCGUCACGGCUGUGUCUAACUGGAAGACAAAUGUCGAUAAUGGCUACUGGAUUUGGACAUUCCAGGGUCGUAUUUUGAAGCGCGUUAAUUUGAAUGCCUUCAAUCAAUUGCUUUGGCGACCACGUCCACCAACUUUAUUAACUCCUGAACAAAUAAAGGAAAUAAAGAAAAACCUUAAGAAAUAUUCAGCGCAAUUUGAGAGCAAGGAUAGAAUGCGUUUGACACGUGCAUCCAAGGAACUUAUUGAGAAACGCUGUGCCUUGAUGAAGGCAUUCAAUGAAUACCGCGAGAAACGUAUUGCAGAGUGGAACGCUCAAAAGAAACGUCGUAUGGAGUUGAGAUACAACAUUGAUACCGAUAAUUUAGAUUCUGAUACCAAGAAUGUUGAAGAGGAAGUAGUUGAAUUUUUCGUCAAAGAAGAAACUUUCCUAGUUGAUGACAAGUAGAAAAAAUAUUAUCAUCAUCGUGACUUAAAACCUGUGCCCGCGGUUUUGCCCCUACAUUUUUUUUAAGCAUUAUCGUUGGGAAGUAAAAAAUAUUAUUCGAUUGCAAAGAAAAAAAAUGACGUACUAUAAACAAAUGUCUUUAAAUUGGCCAUUUUUUAUAUUUUUAGAAGACCACUUAGUCGUGGUAUUAGACGUACUUUAUAUUAAUUUUAAUAUUUACAAAUUCUAUCACUUUACGUAUAGAAUAUCAUAUUUUAAAAUAUAUAUUUUAUUUGUUUUGUCUCUAA